CUUUGGUUGGUCUUUAUUCUUUACUCUUGAGUCUUGGACAUGUUGGGAUUUCGGAAUCCAAGAGUAAUAAUAAUUCGCCUGUUCACAGUGUCAUUUUUUGUGUUUUAGUUUAUUGAAGGUACCUUAUUGGAAAUAAUUGUUGAACUUAUCCACUUAUUUUUGUGAUCUUAACUGCGACGAAGAUAUCACAAUGGUGUGACUCCUGCAGAAACAUAAACGAACAUCAAUUAUGGGUGACUGCUGCUGUAAGAAUUCUGUGCCAGAUGUGUUUACAUAUGCUCCUUCCUCUGCUACUCAGAGUGCUAAUUCACCAUAUGACGAUAGACAAAGGACUCCUAAAGUGGAUCCUAAUCUUGUUGAUCAGCUAGUUCUUGAAAUGUUAACAGUAGCUGCUGCAAGAGUGGAUACUGAUGAAGAAUCACCAGUGUCACUUGUGAAGUUGCAUCUAAUAGCAGACAAAGAGGAAGGAUGGAUUCAGAUGAUUACAUCAAUUGUCAAUGUGAUCCCUAUAGAAAACCCAUUCGGCCCAACAGCAAUUUCAAUUUUAUUGGAUGCUUGUCCAUUACCAUCCCGGGAAACUGUUAUUAAAGUGACGGAGCUCUUUGGCUUGUCCAGUGAAAGAGCUAAACAGGGCGAAAUUAAUGUUAGAGUAGAUCGUAAUAUUUGUAUUGUACUUGGAUCUCUUGCUGAAAAAUUGGUUGGACCUAAUAGUAUAGCGAUGCUCACUGAAAAUACAUUGGAUUAUCUAUUUACCUUCCUUGUCGACCACAGAGAACCGUGUCUUUGUCUUUUUGCUCUAAUAGCAUUGGAGAAAUUUGCACACACUAUGGAGAACAAAAUAGUAAUCAAAGAUAAGUUGGAGAAAUUUGAAGAGAAUCCUUUAUUACGUCUAGAAAAAUUUGCUGAUAGUGAAGAUAAUAUAUGGAGACAAGUCGGAUUUUGUGCUAGUUGGUCAUUAGAUAAUCUAUUUGUGAUAGAAGGCAGGAAGCUUUCAUACGAGAUUGUAGACAUGAAAGAUAUUAAUGCAAUAUUAAAUUGCCAAGAUGUUAGUGAGUAUUUACAAAUAUCGCCCAAUGGUUUGGAGGCGAGAUGUGAUUCGUACUCUUUUGAAAGUGUCCGCUGUACAUUCCAAGUUGAUGAUGGAUGCUGGUAUUACGAAGCGACGGUGGUCACACCUGGAGUCAUGCAAAUUGGAUGGGCAACGAAGAACAGUCAUUUUUUAAGUGACGAGGGAUUUGGAAUCGGCGAUGAUUUGUAUUCAAUAUCAUACGAUGGUUGCCGUGAGCUAGUGUGGUAUAACGCCCGACCGACGUCCAUUACAGCAGUGAAGCCUUGGGCACCUGGUGAUGUGUUGGGUUGUCUCAUUGACCUGGCAACGAAGGAGAUUAUAUUUUCGGUGAAUGGACAUAGGUUGCCUACAUAUAACGAGAUAUUUGAAGCUACUAAAUAUGGUUUUUUUGCUGCUGCAAGCUUCAUGGCUUACCAACAAUGUAAAUUCAACUUCGGAAAAGACCCUUUCAAGUACGCGCCAGAAGACAGAAUAUUCGCUACUUUCAAUGAUUUUGGCCAACUUACAGAUGAACAAAAGAAGGUAAUUCCCAGACGGUUAUACUUAGAGCGUCUACGUCACUCGAGCGUAAAGGAGGACUCGUGCACUCUAUGCUACGAUGACACGGCAUGUUGCGUACUAGAACCGUGUGGUCACAGGGGUUUCUGCUCGGUAUGUACGUCCAUGCUACGCGACUGCCCGAUGUGCCGUGGCGAAAUUCUGAACAUACGACGCGAGGCCAUCUGACCUGAUGUUCGUGACGUCAUCGACGACGUCACAGAUUCGGACUCUGAUUCGCCGUUCGAUUUCAAGAUGGCGCACUUUGCCGCACAUGAUUCGCAUAAUUCGUCGCUUGUAUCUGUCUCUCCCAUGCCUUCUUUGAGAGAUCAAGAUAUUGUUAAUGGUAAUUUUUAAUUUUAUUUUUAUAUUCUACAUACAUACAUUAUUGUAUUUCUGUUUAAAGUUAAUAAUUUCAAAUUAACUUAACUUUAUAUGAAACAAUCCAUAGUCAUCUGAUAGAAUAAUAUAAUUAAAUCCCCAGUGGCCUCUACCAACUUAACAAUUUAGUACAUCGAAACUAGGAUGUAACUAGGUGUUUCCUUGAGAACAGCGAAUAUUGCUUGUGUCUCGCAUUUUUCGUCUCUCUCCCGAUGUAGAAUUGGCACCCAUACCAAGCCUAAGAUCAAGUAAUGUUCCCAGGCUCUAAUCUGUCUCCGGGCUCGCAUCCCUUCCACUGGUCUCCCGUCUCCACCUCCGAUCUCGCAUCCCUAAGUCUGAUCUUCCGUCUCUGCCUCCGAUCUCAUUUUCCUACCUCUGAUCUCCCGACUCUGUCUAUGCUCUCGUUUUCCUACCUCUGAUCUCCCUAUCCUGUCUCCCAUAUCCUAUCUAUGUCGCUAAUCUUGCGUCUCCGGUAUCGCGUCUUUGUGCCCGAAAAUGUCUCUCUAAGAGUACUGAGUGAAAACUAGAACGUAUAAGGAGAACAAAAUAAUUGACCGUGUUUCACAUAAAACGGUUAUAACUGUUCUAAGCAUUUAUUUACAAUUACUAACAAUACUUGUAGUUAUUAUUUCUAGGUUUGAUUUAAGAUUUGUUAUGCUUUGUAAAACUUUAGAGUUAAGCUCUGGAGACUACAAUGAAGACAAUUAUUUGUAAGCUCUUUAGUACGCAUCACAAUGGUUUUACUUUAUAAGUUGUGAAAUAGACAUUUCUCAAAAAGUCUGAAGCAUUAAAUCCAGACAGUGUACUAGUCUUGAUAGGGUAUUCACGACGUCAUCUAUCACAGAAUAUGAUAGAAUAUUGUUAUGUUACGAGAUCGAAAUCGAUUUCUUAAAACUAAUUUCGGGCCAGGCAAAUAUCCCAGUUUGGAAAUACGUAAGUUAUAAUAAAAUUUUCCUAGUCAUUAGAGCUUGAUGUUGUGACAAUGGCAAACGUAAAUUUGUAAUACCUUAAUUCUAUUUAGUAUAAGCAGCUUAUGAAUUAAAUUAAAUAAGCGAUAUUUUUCUUAACAUGUAAAACCUUUAUAGCAAAUUUGUGUAUUAACAUCUAUUCGUGUAGUUUUUCAUAGAAAAUUAAGAAUAUUUUCCCAUUUUAUCUAUCCUUUAAACUGUGACUUGACAUUGAUUUAAAAUGUCGUAGGGACUCUCUAUAUGAAUCGGUACUCUGUAACUUCGAAUGACCCGUAACUAAUAUUCAGUGUUGACAACCCCAUACCCAAUGCGGCAUCGGUAUAUAUAUUGAGAGACUAUCGACACACACAAAAUCGUCGGAAAGUACAGAGUAUCGAUUGGUUUUCGUGCCGGGGAUCAAACACUGAAUCGCAUUCUAAUUGUAUUAUUAAACACUAUCAAAGUCUAUUCUCUUAUAAAAACUGGAUCAGUCUAAUUGCACUCUGACUCUUUCGUCUCUUUCUAGUAGUUAAUCAAAACGCCGUCAAUUAUGCUGAUUAAUUUUUAUGAAUCGCCUAUAUUAUAUGUAUAAAAUUAUAAAAAUAGGUUUAGUAAAAUUUGUAGCUCUGUUAGGAGCUAAGUGUUAAAUGUCCUAGAAUCUCAAUAUUAAACAGUAAGAAUGUUAUCAAUGUGUUGAACAAUACUAUUUUUGUAAAAUACUAUAACGUACACGUACCCUUUUGUACUUUUAUUUUAUCACUUAUAUACACUUUUCUUCAUUAAAUUAAAACGCAUAUAAAAAUGAUUCAAGUUUGAAUUAAGUAGUGCGUUUUAAUACCAUCAAAAUAUUAGUGAUUAAAAUAUUUAAAGAUAUUUUAAAGCGGGUAUUUAAUACAAAACGUCACAGUUUCUGACAAACUGAUUUUUUUAUUCCAAAAUCCUAUUUGGAAUUAGCUUUUUCGUGGAUUGUAACAAUGUGGGCUUCUUUCCAUUUGGAUGGGAAACUACAAAA